AUUUGUUUCUUUGUCACUUGAUCCGUUCCUUUGUCUAAUGAUCCAAAGUCAUCUCAGAUGAUACGUUCAUUUGUCACAUUUUCCAUGAACCUCAAGUGUUCCGUUGAGAUCUAAGUGCUAAAUGCUCCAUGAAAAUUCUCCAAAUGCUCGAGUCACAUUUAACGGUAACCAUCUUUGAGAAAUCGAUUUUAGGGCUUUCUUGGAUAGCAUCGUUGUAACAUAACACCACCAAAAAUUGGAGUUUCCAGCAACCAUCAGGAAUGCGGAAAGCGGUGCACAGGAUCAUGACAGAUGUUUGGUAGAGAAAAGAAAAGUAAUCGACAUAUGAAGACGAUUAUCCGAGGUUAAUCUACUUUGGUAUAGGAAAAAGGGGAAGAGAGAUGUGAGGAUAACACAAGUGUAGAAGACGGAUCGAAGGAUAUUAGCGGUCACUCAGCUUAUCGGCUCAAAACUAAAACCCAAAACCCAGUCUGAAAAAUCGGUGUUACUGUUCAUAAUAUAUAUGUGAAUUAAUAUAUUUGUAAAAACUAACUCUCGAAGGCAAGUUACAGCGAUCAAGAUCACAAUGGCUUCUACUCCUAAAAGGCGAAUCAGAAACCCUAAAUACUCAUCCUCUUCUUCUCUUCCUCCUUCUCCCAUGCGAGUUUUAUCUUCAAUUGAACCGCCACCAAGCUUACUACCGUCCAAGACGGAGAUAUUUAAGCUCGUCGCCGUCGUAUCUAUCGCCGUCUCUGUUGCAGUAGCCUGCAACCUUGUCGUCAAGUUUUUCAAUCGUCAGCCAAAGCCGUUUUGCGAUACUGAUUCGGAAUCGGAUUAUUAUCUUUCUGAGGUUUGUGAUCCUUGCCCAAGACAUGGCAUAUGUUAUGAAGGCAAAUUGGAAUGCACAAGUGGUUAUACAAGACAUGGGAGAUCAUGUCUAGAAGAUGGAAGUAUAAAUGAAAUGGCUAAGAAUCUCGCAAAAAUGGUAGAAUCUCAUGUCUGUGAAUCAUAUUCUGAGUACUUGUGCAAAGGAAUCAACAAAGUCUGGUUUCCCGGGGAUGAGUUGUGGAAUAAUAUGGAUAAAGUGAAGCUGGCAGAGGACAACGCCACCUAUCUGUUUGCAAAGAACAGAGCAAUGGAUAUUGUUGAUAAUUUGUUGGAGAUGAGAGAUAGUAACAUUGGAAUCAAGGAGUUUAAGUGUCCGGAGUUGCUAGUGGAGCACUAUAAGCCCCUAAGCUGCUGCGUUCGACUAUGGCUUUUGGAGCAUGCUUGGUUCCUAAUACCAUUUUGUGUAUUGCUCGUAGGGUGUGUAUGGAUGCUGUUAAGAGUUUGCCACAGACAUUACCUGUCAGUUAGGGCUGAAGAGCUUUACGAACAGGUGUGUGACACACUUGAAGAGGCUGCUUUAGUUUCAAGGAGCAUAAAUGGUGAAGGAGAAGGUGAACCAUGGAUAGUUGCUUCAUGGUUAAGAGAUAAUGUCCUUACACCCAAAGAAAGAAGGAAUCCCAUGUUAUGGAAAAAGGCAUUGUACUUAAAAGGUAGGAGCUCACCAAUUGCUAUAAAUAUGAAAGUACAAUGCUAUAAUAAAAAGUUUUCGAAGGUUGAGGAAUUGGUUCAAGAAGAUUCUCGUUUAGACCGGUAUCCAAAAAUGUUAAAGGGUGAACCUAAGGUUGUGUGGGAAUGGCAAGUUGAAGGAUCUUCUAUGAGAUCUUCUGGCAAGAAAAAGAAGGGUGAAGUAAAGAAGCAAAAGUCAAGUGACUUGGGUUCUAAUCAAGAUCAAAGUUUGAAGCCUAUGGAGCCUUUGAAGUGGCAUAUAGCAGUUUUUGAGGAUCGGUUUUGGAAGUUGGAGAAUUUUGUAUCUGCUUAA